AUGCUUCACAAGGGUUUUUGCAAAGCUUCACAUACUCUUCAAUGGACCAAUGGGAGGCAGCCGCCCCUCGCACUUCGUUUUUGGGACACCAUCGUUUCUAAUAGCAAAGAACAGACGUUGUCUUACUUUCUGAUAAUGGAUUUCGUCAUGACCGGAUCGCUUCUCGUUCUGUGCACUGUGUGCACCGAUAAGCUUAUGCGAUCCGAUAGACUGGCCGCGGAACGUGUUGACCCUACUUCAAAAGAUAUGCUGCUCUCUGGAAAGGAUUUUGCGCUUAGCCGCGUCCUAGUGGUUUGUUG